AUGACAAUGUCCCCCGAGGAUCAGGAGCUGAUGGAAAAGAUCGCGCGUGUGGCCGGUCAGAUCAACCAGCACAAAAACCAACAAGCAGGCCUUGUUCCGCCGCAGAGCAGCCACGCACCGCCGCAUCAUCGUACGUCCGUCGGGUCUCGAAACAGCAACCGAGCUGGUAUUGACGGUCGUGAAGACUCAGGUUAUUCUGGAAGCUGGCGUCAUCAAAGAGGAGGCUACCCAUACCCACCAACUCGCGGCCAUUUCACCAAGCCUGUCCACCGUCAUAGGACCUUGGUGUUGAAUGGCGCGUCUCAACAAGGUAAAGCCGGUCAGCCUAGCUCGGGCGCCACGUCGGACUCGUCCACGUCGUCCUGGGUAGCAAAGAACGACCGUCACCGUCAAAUCAUCAACUCGUCCAUCUAUCAGAAGGAAGCCCAGGCUCGCACUCGUGCCAUCGAGCAAACCCUGCGCCAGAAGCAACAGCAGAGAGAUGAUCUGGAACGGACCAAGUUGAUCAACCAUCUACACCGUGCUGGCAAUCGCUCGGCAGCGAUGCCUAACCAGUAUGAACUAACGGUGCAGGGUAUACGUUUUGCCGUCACGAAGAACGGAAGCAAACUCGUCAAGAUUCCCGGUGCGUCGAGACCGCCGUCGCAAGCGCUGGCUGUGCCCAAUACUCACCCUUUCACAGGCGAUCUCAACUCGGGGCCGACCCCGAAAAUGGCCAUCGUAGGCGGUGUCAAGUUCUACCGCAGUAAAAACGGGAACUUGUACCGCCAUGGCAUUGUUAAAGCGCAGCGGUAUGUGGCCCGGUCCCCUUUGAAUCAUCCGCUAACUUGUUAUAGUCAAUCCAGCGCUGUGAAGAAGGUCAACGUGCCUUGCCGCAACUUCUCCAUGACCGGUUCAUGCACCAAAGGCCCCCGGUGCCGAUACAUCCACGACCCGGCCAAGGUUGCCGUUUGCAAGGACUUUCUCCAGCAAGGGGAAUGCGUCAACGGUGACUCUUGCGAUCUCUCGCACGAACUCUCCGCUGAACGCAUCCCCACUUGCUUGCACUUCAUCAAGGACAGUUGCACUAAACCUGAUUGCAAAUUCACUCACGCAAAAGUGUCUCCAGCUGCCCCGGUCUGCCGAGAGUUUGGACUCUACGGCUACUGCGAGAAGGGUGCAAGCUGCACUGACCGCCAUGUUUUCGAAUGUCCCGACUUCAGCAACACUGGCGUGUGUAAUACCAAGGGUUGUAAAUUACCGCAUAGGGAAAGGGCGAGCGUCUUGCGCAGAGCUAAUGCCCGCGACGACGCUGAGAUGGAGGAUCUUUCCAGCGACGAUGAAUCGGUCGAUAGCGAUGAUGUCGACUCAGACGAGGUUGACGAGUUUGUUGGCCAGGACGACGAUCCCGACUUGGAUUUCGCCGAGCAAAAGGACUUCAUCCAGUUUUGA